AUGUCUGGCGCAAGCGAGCCUCGUACACAGUCAAAUGCGAUCACGCGGUCAAACAGUACCUCGAGUAAUGAUGCUCCAGAUGCCGAGUCCAAGGGGAAAUCGAAUGGCAAAUUCUUUCGACGUUCGCGUUCCGACAGUGUGAAGUGUAGUGUUACUGAUAAGAAGAAUAUUCAGGCUGCUACACCUGUCGUCUACGAAGGAAGAAAUGUGAUGAGGCACAUCCUGCUUGCAGGAAUUGUACCAACCUUUGCGUCCGUUAAGGAUCGAAUCAAGGCUCGAAUCAGGCAGACGAAAGUGUUGGAAAGAGAGAACAACCUUCAAGAUUUCAUCGAUCGUCAUCUACCGCCACGAGUCACUGUGGGAUAUGAUUUCAGUCAACCUGUGCUUGUUGAUCCACAUCACUUGUACAACCCGCAUACUAGUCAACUGUCCACUCCCAAUCUGAUGUCAGGGGCUGAUGCUUACAAUCCAUAUGAAUUUGACUAUGAGACCGAGCAAAAGACCAUCCUGAAUGGUAUACCCCUACAGGGACAUUGGGGGACACAGCAGCCUCAUAUGCCCCUGUUCAAUUCAACCAACUAUGAAUGGCCCCAAGAAAGCUUUCAGCAACCCCAGCACUACGUCUACCACAAUUCCCUGCCACCAGUGGUUGAGUACAAGAAAAUACCGUUGUCGUCUUACCUCCGAACUUUGAAUAAAGUCAGCGAAAGUGACCGAAAAUUACUCGUGCACUUUGUCGACAAUGUUCUGCGAUUGAUAUUUCCAGUCCUCGAUCUUCACCAAGAAGGCCCUGCACGUUCACGGGCAAUUCUCCACUCGUUGGAGACGAACAUGUCCUAUUACCAUUGCUGCCUGAGCGUUGCCGCGAUUCAUCUCAAAGCCAGCAGAAGGCUGAGGGCAGAUAAGAUUGACCACGACAUCAUGCGACAUCGGUACGAAGCAGUGUCUCAACUCUGUAGAGCGCUCAACAGUGACAACGGACAUGAGCAAAUCUUGGACGCGACGCUGGCGAUGAUCUUUUUCCACGGCUCUGUGGGUGCCCCGGAUGACUACCUCCCCGAUAUUCCUUGGAAUGAGCAUUUUCAAGCAGGUGCAAACCUCAUCAACAAGCUCGAUCUUGCGGACACUGGCCCUUUCACUCAACCUCCAUUCAGCAUGUCGCUCGCGUCAUGGAUUGACAUCUUGGGCGCUACGAUGCUGCAGACCACCCCUCAGUUUUCCCACACCUAUCGUACAAAACACCUAAGUGGGAUAUCUUCCGGGCUCCGGGAGCUGAUGGGAUGUGAUGACCGCAUCAUGUAUCUCAUCUCAGAAAUUGCUUGCCUGGAUUCGUUGAGAGUAGACGGCCUUGUUGACGAUAUGGCUUUGCGUCAUCACGUCUCCGCCCUCGGUGCGCAGCUCGACUAUACUGAACCGGCGGACACAACGCUGGAGAACCCCUACUCGUCUUCGGGGGUCAUUGAUUCUGAGAAACUUACCAAGAACAUGAGUGCCGUGUUUCGGCUAGCGGCUCGGAUCUAUCUCUACAGCUUGUUGCCAGAAUUCGAUCGCAGCCAUAUCAGCACUAUCAGCUUGGUCACUGCCGUCGCAGAAGUGCUCCGGUUUAUCCCCACGGGCCCCUAUGGGUUUGACCGCUCUCUGGUUUGGCCAUUGCUGAUUACGGGGGCAUUUUCCACCCCAUCUAGCUCAUUCCGUAACACCCUCGCUCAAAGAGCAGAAGCUCUAGUUGAGUUAGGCGAUUUUGGCAACUUUGGCAGGAUGUAUCGCUUGCUGCAGGAGGUCUGGAGAAUCGCUGAUGAUCCUGUCGCGCCAACUUUCGCCGAAUCAAACAUUCUCCUAACUUCUCCGGACCAAAAGUAUGAAUGGUCGCCUGCGCCUUCACCUUGCAUUGAGAACUUUGGAAGAUCAAUCAAAAAACAGAAAGUUCACUGGCGAGACGUCAUGAAUCGCAAAGGAUGGCACUACCUGCUGAUAUAG